AUGAACAAAUCUCUGGCUGCCUUCAUAGGGACUUUGUGUAGCGGUAUCCUUUAUUGCUUUGGAGCAGUCUUGACCCCGCUAAUGGACAAGUACCCGUGGAUCAUCAAAUGGGGGCCGACGCUGGGCACCAUAACUUGUUCAGCUUCUUGUUUGAUCGCAGGAUACUCCAGCAAGCCUUGGCAACUCGUAUUAUCACAAGGCUUUUUAUACGGUUUUGGGGGAGGUGAUUUUAUAUCUAUCAUAACUGACAAUGCAAUUCGAAAUAGAAAACUUACACAGCCUUGUUUUUUGUGGUCGGAUGAUCACGUGCCGAUUGUAGCAUUACUCUACUAUCCAGCUUUUGUCUUUUUGGCGGAAUGGUGGGUCGACCGACGGGGACUAGCUGGAGGCAUAAUGUUUUCAGGAGCUUCGGUAUUUGGCCUUUUAUACCCACCAGUCCUAGAAUGGUCUUUGAAGAACUACGGAACUGCUAUCACAUAUCGAGCAUUUGCAGUAUUUUGGUUGAUCAUAGUUUUACCAAUGAUGCCAUUCUUUCAUGGUAGAUUACCUAUGGCUCACAGAAGGAAUCCUCAAAAGUCAUCUAUGACUCGCUAUCUCAAAACCCCACUGUUUUGGGCAUUCAUGUUAGUGACGCUUAUUCAAAGCCUGGCGUUUUUUGUGCCAUCAUUAUAUAUGCCGGCCUAUGCAACUAUAAAGGGUCUUCCAGGAGGACUUAUUUUAGCUCUAUACUCAGGUGCAUGUAUAUUCGGGCAGCUGCUAGUUGGCACUGUCAGUGACCACUUCGACAGCAGCUGGUUAAUUGGUAUCACCUCGAUAUGCAGCGGUAUAAGUAUACUUGGGUUGUGGGGCCACUGUAACGGUUUUGCAAUGCUUGCCAGCUUUGCUCUCAUUUUAGAUGGCCUCAGUGCUGGUGGAUUCUCGUGUCUUUGGCAGCGUUUUGCGAUGCGUGUAGCUCCCUCAGAACAAAAGUCUAGUAACCUGAUUUCCUUUUUUGCAAUUUCCCGCGGGAUUGCAAAUGUCUUGACUGGGCCAAUCGCAGGUGCCUUGGUUCAAAACAGCUCAUCGGCCGUGGAAGGUUAUCAAACAUUGGUCAAUUAUAGUGGGACUUUGAUGUUGUUAUCCUCGAUUGGAGUCGGAAUCCGAUUAUUAUACACCACCAAGAACGUAUCUUAG